AGGUGCGUGAUGACGUCCAUGCAUGCAAUAUUCCAUGUAAACCAUCCGGUUACUUCAGUGGAGCAUGGCGUGUGGUGCUAUUUCACUACUCUCAAGUACAAACAACUCAUCACAUUCGGGGCCAAUCAGAUGAUAGUGUAUCGACUGGGAUGUCGGGACUCGUCGGAGACAACCUCCUCGUUCAAUUCUCGUGCCAAAUUAGAACAAGUUGCUUCCUACAGACUGUUCGGAAAUGUGGUCUCAGUUGCAGUUGUAAGGCGAAGUGCACAGCCAGACGGCGAACAAGAUAUAACUGAUGCGCUUAUUGUCACUUUGAAGCCUGCGCUUUGCGUGUUACUCUGCUAUGAUCCCAUUUCAAAUGACAUCCGACCUCUGUCGCUCUACGACUAUGACGAAAGUGAAGCUACCUUGUGUGAUAGACCGACGCUGCCUGAAAUUAGAGUGGAUCCUGAGAUGAGAUGUGCUGCAUUUGUGGCACAUGGUAGCAAAGUUGUCAUCAUUCCUCUCAAAAAAGAACUGCAGGAUGACAGAGGAACUUCAGCCACGGAGCAUUUCCUGCAAAUCUACAGAACCCUAGCUAGUUUUGAAAUGCUUCUGUUUGAAUUGGAAGAACCUGUUGCCAAUGUUCUUGACAUGCAGUUUCUACACGGUUACUUUGAACCUACUUUGCAGAUUUUGUACCAACCCAUUCAAACGUGGCCAGGUAGAUUGGCGACGAGAAAAGAUACUGUUGCAAUGAUUACCAUGUCUCUCAAUUUGACACAUCAAGCUUAUCCAAUCAUUUGGUCACAAAGUGGGCUGCCAUUUGACUGUUUCAAGCUACUAGCAGUUCCUAAACCAAUCGGAGGCUCACUUGUGUUUGGCGCGAAUGUUCUGAUUUACUUGAACCAGAGUAUACCUCCUUAUGGGGUAAUGACCAACAGUCUAGCUAGAGGAACAACCGAUUUCCUGCUCACUGCAGCUUAUGAAGAGAAGAUAGCGUUUGACACAUGCAGAAUGUGUCUCCUGGAGUCAGACAAAGUUGCUGUGAUUCUGAAAACGGGCGACAUUCACAUCAUCACACUUCUAACAGAUGAAAUGCGAGCAGUGAAGUCAUUUAAUUUCCAGAAAGCAGCCACUAGUGUUUUAACAUGCUGCAUUGUUCAUCUAGGAGACAACUAUAUAUUUCUAGGUUCUAGACUAGCCAACUCUCUGUUGCUCUAUUACUCUAAAUCUCUGGCGCCUGUUGGUCGAAUUAGAAACACAGCCUUAUCACGUACACCACACAAGCAGCCAGCCAACAAAAAGCGUCGCCUAAACACAGUAGCGGACUACAUGGAAGUUGCGCCCGAUGAGAUUGAUCAUGAGAUCUACGGGGAAGCUAUUUUACAGUCUGAGAGUAUUGCACAAGUCAUCUACUCGUACAACUUAGAAGUGUGUGAUAGCAUUUUGAACAUUGGCCCCAUUGGAAAGACGACCGUGGGAGAAUCUCUUUACAUCUCGGAAGGUCUGGCUCAAAACUCCACUGACGUAGAGAGUGAGUUGCUAGUAGGAAGCGGACAUGACAAGAAUGGCGCCAUCACGAUUCUACAGAAGACCAUCAAACCUACCUUGAUCACGACGUUUGAGUUGCCCAACUACAUAGAUCUCUGGACGACCAUGGGAUCCGAAGUGGAUGAGAAAGGAAAUCAGAGACACUCAUGUCUCAUCCUGGCCCGAAAUGACUCAACCGCCAUUCUGGAGACGCGGGAAGAGAUCAACGAGGUGGAACAGAGUGGUUUCAUCUACAACGAAACAACCAUAUUUGCUGGCAAUGUCGAUAAGAACCUCUCCAUUCAAGUAACACCAACCAAGGUAGUUUUGCUGGAGCACACGUUGCUGAAAUCCAUGUUGAGUCUAGAUCCUGCUGACUCACCCAUAGUUUACGUUUCGGUCACUGACCUUUUCAUCUUUCUUCUAACAUCUACUGGGAAGUUCCACAUAGUGCAGAUGAAACGUAAACCAGAUGAAAUGAAAAGUGUGGAGCUGACGUUUUUGAAAAAAGAUUGUGAUCAUCAAAGUGGGUUCCUUGUAACAAGUGGGUGUUUAUAUAAAGAUGUCAGCGAAUUGUUUGCUGUUGGCCAGAAAGUAGCCAAUCCAGUAUCAUCUGGAAAAACCUUACUGAGCCAAAGCUCCAAAGUUCAAGAGGGUACCAAUGAACUGACAGUAGAACAAGAAGAAGAACUUCUCUUCGGAGAGAAGUCCCAAAUUGACCUUUCUCAGGUGUUUUCUGGGAUCUCUAAGGUCAAAUCAGAACCAUCUGAAGACAAGAAAGCAAAUGUCUUCAAAUAUCCAAAAGUGUCACAAGUUUCUCCGACUUAUUGGUGUGCAGUGGGACUGCAAAAUGGUAUGCUGCAAGUACUCUCUCUCCCAGAUCUGAAGCCAUGUUUCACAAUUCAGAAGUUUUAUCAUGCUAAAAGAUCUAUUCCUGUGUCUGGUAAUCACGUAGAAAUAAAAACCGAAAGCCACCUUUUAGGAGAAGACCUGCGAACAAAUAAGUUUCCCAUCAACGAAUUGUUAAUUGUGGGUCUUGGUCCGAACAAAUGUCGACCUCAUCUUUUUGCUUUACUGAAUGACGAAUUGGUGAUUUAUGAGAUCAAGGAGUCAGUGACGACACAACCCCAGGGAACUCUGCAAGUAUCUCUGCAUAAGUUCUGUCACGACACUCUAAUGCACCAAUACUUGGGCGAGCGAAGAGUGUCUAAGAAAACUCCUGCUCUUUACACUGGGCUGCCGGGAGCACAAGAAGAAGAGGAAGUUCUCUUGUCUGAGGAUGGAUAUCCAAUUCCGAAAUCCACCGUAGCCAGACUAGUUCAGAGAAUACGAGUGGUUGAAAACGUAUCUGGCUACCACGGGGUGUUCGUUUGUGGGUUCCAUCCACUGUGGAUUCUGAUGACCGACAAAGGCUUGCUUCGACCCCAUAUCAUGUGGCAUGACGGUGCAAUAAUAAAUUACGCCAAUCUGAACAAUAUAAACUGCCCGGCUGGUUUCUUAUACUUCACCCAAAAGAACCAACUUAGAAUUGCUUUGUUGCCCUCUAAUUGGGACUAUGACGCGUACUGGCCAACGAGGAAGAUCAAUAUCAAGGCCACUGUACAACAUGUUUCUUAUCACUUGCAGACGAAGGCGUACUGUGUGGUGACCACCUGUACAGAGCCAGUAAAUAGGAUGCCCAGACUAGUUCUGGACAAAUUGGACCCGGAGUUGCUGGAGCGCGAUGAGAACUACGUCUAUCCUACUAUAACUAAGUUCGCCUUAAGGGUAAUGCAACCGGACUCAUGGCAGUUUGAACCGGACGUCAGUUGGGAGUCAGAGGAGUGGGACCACAUCACUGCUCUCAAGUGUGUCAAGCUGGCCAACGAAGGCGAGAGAUCCGCUCUGCAGGAGUAUGUUGUGAUCGGAUGCAGUCAAGUGUACGGGGAGGAGCUGCCAUGUAGAGGUUGGAUCAGAAUGUUUGACUUGACUGUUCAGAAACCAACAGAGGAGGACAUCGAGAAGGGCAACACCACGAAAAAGAAAUUCAAUCUGAGACUAAUUUGCGAACAUGAGCAGAAAGGACCGAUUACAGCAAUAAAUGCUGUUGAGGGCUUCCUGGUGUCAUCAUCGGGACAGAAAAUAUUUAUUCACACUUUCCAGUAUCAAAAGUUUACAGCCUGCGCUUUCGUAGAUGCAACUCCUUUUACCCUAGGAAUUCACACCAUGAAAAGUUUUGUGCUCAGUAACGAUAUUUACAAGAGCAUUAUUUUGCACAAAUUUGACCCUAAAACGAAGGCGUUCAGCUUAAUCAGUAAAGACACGCGCCGAGUAGAAAGUAUGGCUUCUACAUUUCUAGUCGACAACAAGCUAAUGGGCUUCCUAGUCUCGGACACUAAGUGCAAUCUGAAUCUCCUCAUGUAUCAGCCGGAGUUGAAGGAGAGCCACUCGGGUCAGAGACUGGUCAAGAUGGUCGAUUUCAACGCUGGUUGCAAAAUCAACUCUUUCGUCAACAUCAAGUGCAAAUCUCUCUUCUUCCAUACUCAACAAAACGACCAACGAAAACUGAAAGAGCUGGAUAACAAAAUGGUGUCCUACUUCGGCACACUGGACGGUGCGCUGGGAUAUGUGCUUCCGGUUCAAGAGAAGCUCUAUAGACGUCUGCGCAUGCUGCAAAAUACAAUGUACAGUGUAUUAGUGCAAUCAGCCGGUCUCAACCCAAAAGCAUAUAGGUAUCCAUUGGAGGGAUGGAGACUCUUGGCCAACUCGAGUAAAGGAAUAGUGGACGGGGAUUUGAUUUUCCAGUUCCCCUCUCUAAGUUUGCCGGAGAAGUUGGAGAUCGCGGACAGAAUCGGAAUAGACAUGCACUAUAUCCUGGACGACCUGGCAGAAGUACACCACUGCACGUGUGUGUUUUGAUGCAGUAUUCUACCAUCGAUCGAUUUAAUUUGGUGUACCUCUUUCGUUUUGAUAGUUUAUUGAAUAUUUUAUGGAUGAAUGAAAACUAAACCUCGUCAUCGCAGUGAUUUAUCUGUUAUUUUUUCCUUGUUUCGAAAAUUCAAUUUCCAAGUGAUUAUGGUGUGAGAUAAUGAAAAAAAAGCAAAAACA